UGUAGAUUCUGUUGCAAUUGUCUGAAUAUAAAAUUUGUAGGUCAUGAUAUAAUUAAUGUAGCAGUAUAAUUAAAACAUAACUAUAAUUAAUGUCUUUAUGGAAUAUAUUGUUGCCUGUUUUACCUUACAACAUUGAUUUAGCUUACAUACACUUUUUGAAGCACCUUUCUCUUAUACUUAUAUUUAACAAACUUGAAAUUCUAGCUUGGUCCAUCAAAUUGGCUUGAAACAUCGUUACCUUGCUUUCGUCAUGACUUUAUUUUGACGUUGUAUAUAUAGUAUAUACGUUGCUCAAUAUUUGUAAUCACAAUUUCUUCUUAUAUCAAUUGGUAUCAGUUUUAUAAAUUCCUACUAUCCAUUCUCUAAGACGCAAAAACACUUGCUUCCACAUAUUUAUAUUACUUCUUUAAUUUGUUGUCUUAUUCAUAAGUGAACAAGGAAGGACUAUCACAGCAUCUAUUAAUUGUACUAAAGGUAACGUAAAUUGUAGUAUAAAUUUGGUAUUCCUUUAUUUUCUUUCUCAACAACGUGUGUAUCACUAUCCUCCCAUUUUCCUUUGGACACGUAUUACAUCUUUUCCUUUUGUAGAAAAUAUCUGAUUUUCAUCCCCAAACACAAAAUUCAUCUUUUCUUGGAUUUCUCUGUCUUUUCUUUCAGCACUCCAUCGCCUCCAAAUCGCUCCUUCUUUAACGUUAGUUUGAGAGCUAUUGAUCACAAAAUACAGCCCAACUUGGCUUUGCCUCCGGCCCACUGUGUUUCCAGUAGUUUUUUUCAUACUUCAAGGAUCUGGUGGGCAGAGAAGUGACUGUGGAAUUGAAGAAUGAUUUGGCUAUUUGGGGAACACUACAUUCAAUUGAUCAAUAUCUCAACAUUAAACUUGAAAACACGAAGAUUGUUGAUCAGGACAAGUACCCGCACAUGGUCAGAAGAUAAAGUUGAUAUUUUCUCUAACACAUAUUUCUGGUCUGAGACAAUCUUGAUAAUACCAAGAAGCAUACUCGAGGCAGGGAAAGUGGAAAACGUUUUUUCCAACAUAUCAUGGGUGAAAAUCAAAGAAGAACGAGCCAAAAUAGGGCACCUAGAUAGAGGUAAAAAAAUAGAAGACAAAGUUGCGGAGGAAAAGGGCCAAGAAUUUAGAGAAUACACUAAGAGGGUGCAUCUCCGCGUUGCGGAUCUGAAACUCGUAUGCAAAAAAGAAACUCCACUUAACAAUGGAGUGCUCGUUGGGAUCUUGUCGCGGAGAGAUUUUAGAUUUGGACACCAAAAAUUGGCCACAUGUUUUAUUUUAGACUAUAAAUAGUUUAAGUAUGUUCUUUUUAUGAUUAUCAAGUUCCAAAAAGACGGGAUUACAUUAUUUUGGGCGAUUUGGCUAACACCUUCUUGGGUUUUUUCUUUGGUAAACCCUUGUAUGAUUCUUAAGAUUUAUUUGGUGAACUGUGCUUCCAUUCUUGUUUAAGUAUUUUAAUGAAUGAUCAACAUUAAAAUAAACUCAUUGCCCGCUCUUGAACUCGAAAGAUGAAUAGUGGGAUAGACCAAAGAAUAUGAGUAGCGUGUUCAUUUUAGGAUAAAGUCUAGAAUGUUUUUUUUAUAUAGGAUAGUAUUAUACUUAUAUACCACGCUUGGUUAAUAUGCAAGAUGAAGGCUUAAUGAUCCACCAUUGGUUCAUGUCUAUCUCCGCUUAACGAUAAAGUUAGGUUGUCGAUGGAGGUAGGCGAUUAGAGGUCGGGAGAUUAUGAUCGUAAAAUGAACCUUGCCAAUCAGCAUUGAGGUGAACCCAAAAUGCUAGGAUAAAUUAAUAUUUUAACAGAAAUUGAUCUAAGCUACAACUCUGGAAUACUUCCCAAAUUAUGAAAUUCUCUUGUUUGAAACCAUUUGAUUAUAGUA